CAUCAGAGCCCAACGGUCGUCUGCUAAAAUCUCCCAACAAGCCCGCCACAUGGGAGGGAAAGAAAAUGGCGCGCUCUCACUGGGAGCUUACUCCCUUCCCCUUAAUAUGAAACCCACCGCUGCUUGUCACCGCCACGUACACGACGUUGCUUACGUCCGACGCGCCGUCUUGAUAGCCGACAAAUCUGCGGGCUUCACGUCUACACAUCCGAACUUCGGGUGCGUAAUCGCCACUCCAAGCGGAGAUGUCGCCGGUGAGGGUUACCUGUACGCCCAGGGCAGGAAGCUCGCUGAGAUCCAAGCGGUGGAGGCCGGAGGCGAGCAUUGUAGAGGCGCCAGUGCCUACCUCAAUAUGGAACCCGGUGACUGCCAUAGCGAUGACACUGCCGUCUCUGCUCUUGUUCAGGCGGGCAUUCAAAGAGUUGUUGUUGGAAUCAGUCAUCCUUUGCAACAUCUCAGAGGCAAUUCCAUACGUGCCUUAAGGGGUCCAGGUUUGCAUGUUGAGGUUCUGGAGGAGGAUAUACAAAGUCAGAUUGUGGAGGAAGCUCAGGAAGCUCAGAAAUCAUGCCUUCUCGUCAAUCUGCCUUUAAUUCACAGAGCUAUCUCUCGGGUUCCAUUUUAUGUGCUUAUUCUUAAGUAUGCUAUCACCCUUGAUGGAAAAAUUGCUGCUGGUAGUGGACAUGCAGCAUGGAUAAGCAGCAAAUUGUAUAGGAAUAGGGUCUUUGAACUACGGGGCAGAAGCAAUGCAAGUAUAGUGGGAGGAAAUACUGUAUGCAGGGACAGUAAGCAUGGAGAUGGGCAUAUGCCCAUUCAGAUUGUAAUGACACAGACUAUUGAUCUUCCAGAGGAAGCAAAUCUAUGGGACAUGUCUGAGGUGUCUACUAUAGUUGUAACACAAAGAGGAGCUAGGAGGAGUUUCCAGAAAUUGCUUGCAUCUAAAGGAGUUGAAGUAGUGGAGUUUGACAUCUUAAAUCCCAGAGAAGUUAUGGAAUAUUUUCAUGAUUGGGGCUACCUAUCUAUCUUAUGGGAGUGUGGAGGGACUCUGGCUGCAUCUGCCAUUUCAUCUGGCGCAAUACACAAGAAAGACAGUUCUUUGAGCUUUAAGAAUAAGAAGAUGGCUGACUGUUGCUUAUCUUGUGGUACGAGGAUUAAGACCCGCAAACAGAAUGUUGCUGCUCCCCUGGACCCUGCAGCAUUUGCUGAUGCAGUGGUCCAGAUUUAUCUGGAUAAUGCUGGUGAUCUGGAACUUGUUUGCAAGAACCUCGAGUCUUCAGGCCUUAACUUCUCACGCUAUGGUUACACCUUCUUUGAGGCAAGUUUCUUGUUUCUUUAUGGAACUCUAACUUUUAGAUAUCUUCCAUUUUAAAACAGAUUUUUGAUUGUUGUUCAGUAAUUAGAUUUUGAUAGUUUGUUGGAUCUUUAAGAUCAUCUGGAGAGUAUGUUUUGCUUUAUUUAUGGAGAGAAGGAUAUGGGAUUUUUUCCCACCUCUAUGGCAUAAUUUCGAACUUCACUGGUGGUUGAUGGAUUGAUCUUGAGUUAAUUAGCUUGAUAUGGAAGCAUACAAAUAUGGUUAGCAGAAGGUAAUAACAAUGACAGACUUCU